UUGUCAGUCGCUCGUACGCAGAACGGGAAAAACAUCGGAUCCGAACGCAAUUUCGAUCAUUUUGGCUUACAUUUUUCCAGUUUUUUCUGUGCAACAUAAAAUCAAGGAUUCAAACACGCAUUUAUUACUAUCGUACGGGGGUAAAGUCCAGCUGUACCGAUUAGGGAAGUGGAAAGAUUAGUUUUUAGUGCUACGGAAGGUGGGAGUGCAAAAUGUUGGAUUUGUUCACCAUUUUCACCAAGGGCGGAAUCGUCCUUUGGUACUUCCGAGGAACCAACCAAAUAUUUGCUCCCUCGGUGAACGCGCUUAUCAGAAGCGUAAUUCUUCAGGAGCGAUCUGGAGUUUACGAUCAUGAUGGCCUUUCGCUCCAAUACAAGCUGGACAAUGAAUUCGAAUUGGUCUUUGUUGUGGCUUUCCAGAAGAUUCUUCAGCUGUCAUACAUCGACAAAUUUCUAAGCGACGUUCAUCUGGAGUUUCGUGACAAGUAUAAAAACGAUCUGAAAGUUGAGAAUAGAAAUUAUUCAAAUUUUGACUUCCAAGAUGAUUUUACCAAAAUUCUGGAACAAGCUGAGAAAUGGGGACGCAUGCAGGCAACUCUUCCGAAACAAAUGCGCAGUUAUGAAGAUUCACACAAGUCGAAGAAAACCGUUGCCUCAAUGAUCGAAAGGAAGGGCGAAGAGAAACCAGCUGGUAGCAAGAAGUCUGUUAAAAUUGUAGAAAAUAAGAAGGAACCGGAAGCAGCGGUUGCUCCGGUUCACAUGAAUGGUGGAAAUGAUGAUGUUAUCUUGGAAAAUCGAAAGAAAAUGAUGGAAAAACUCAACAAAAAGAAAGGAGAUAAGCCAAAGUCUCCAAAGUCGCCACCGCAGAAGUCUGGAAAACAAAUGCGCGUUUGGGAUCUGGGUGGCAAUACAAGAGACAUACCUAAUUUGGAUCGUUCCAAAGACAAACCGGAAGAUGUGAAGAGCGAUUUUACACCAACCAAUGCCAUUAUUGGUACCAUGAAAGGAGGCAUUCAAGAUAUGGAGGUUGAAAGUGAUAGUGAUUACUCGGAAGAAGAAGAUGAAGAAGAGAUCCAAGCGUACGCCAGUCGUUCAACCGCGACCCCGGCAAAGAAAUCCGGAGGCGUGUUCUCUAUGUUCAAGGGGCUGGUCGGAUCGAAGAAUCUCACUCGUGAGGACAUGCAACCAGCAUUGGAUAAGCUUCGUGACCAUUUGAUAUCCAAAAACGUGGCUUCGGAUAUUUCGCACAAGUUGUGCGAAUCAGUCGCGGUGAAGUUGGAGGGAAAAGUUCUCGGUACAUUCGAUACUAUUGCCGCCACUGUAAAGAACACUUUAACCGAAGCCCUGGUUCAAAUAUUAUCUCCGAAACGCCGUGUCGAUAUCCUUCGUGACUGUUUGGAAGCGAAGAAGAACAAGCGCCCUUACGUGAUGAGCUUCUGCGGAGUGAACGGCGUCGGAAAGUCCACCAACUUGGCGAAGAUAUGCUUCUGGUUGAUCGAGAACAACUUGAAUGUGUUGAUUGCUGCUUGCGAUACGUUCCGAGCCGGCGCUGUUGAGCAGCUUCGCACUCACAUGCGACAUUUGAAUGCACUGCACCCACCGGAGAAGCAUGCCGGCAGGGAAAUGGUUCAGCUGUAUGAGAAGGGUUAUGGAAAAGACGCCGCCGGCAUCGCAAUGGAAGCCAUCAGGUUUGCGAGGGAUUCGGCGGUCGACGUGGUGUUGAUUGAUACCGCUGGACGGAUGCAAGACAACGAACCACUUAUGAGAGCCUUGGCUAAGUUGAUUAAGGUAAAUGAGCCCGAUCUAGUGCUGUUCGUUGGAGAAGCGCUGGUUGGAAAUGAAGCUGUUGACCAGCUGGUUAAAUUCAAUCAGGCGCUGGCUGACUACUCCUCGAAUGAAAACCCACACAUCAUUGAUGGCAUCGUUUUGACCAAGUUUGACACCAUCGAUGACAAGGUGGGUGCUGCCAUAUCGAUGACAUACAUAACAGGACAGCCGAUAGUUUUCGUCGGAACCGGACAGACCUAUACCGAUCUAAAGAAAUUGAACGCGAAGGCUGUCGUUCACGCGCUGAUGAAGUAAACUUUAAAUGCAUAGGUUAGAAACAGUCGUGGAGGGCGGUUUACUUGUUUUAUACAUUUACUUUUUUUUUCGAAACUUAACCCAUUAAAGUAAUUUAAAUCGACAGCAUUCAAUGGAUAAAUUAUAGAUAUAUUUCACGUAACACUUGAAAUGAUCUACAAGUCGAUAAAAACACGGGCCAAGGAAAUCUUUCGCGUUGAGCAUUUUCCGAAAUAUACAAAUUUAUGCAUUGGCGUUGACAUCGAAAGUUAUCAAUUCAUAAUAGCUGUGGUAGUACAUCUGAAAGCCGGCAAUAAUUACGCCUUAUGCUUGUGAAUACCCAGAAGAAAGAGGAUGAAGUAUGAAUCCAGAGUCAGACAGGGACCACGAGAUUUGAAAAUGAUUAUCAUCUGCCUGAAUUACGUGGAUCUUCCACUAUAUGAUGGAGCUAAGGCAAUAUUUGAGAACACAAUACAACUAAUUUUCCCAGGUAAGCCUAAUGAUAUAUGAGCAAACUGAAAUAAUUCUAGACAGUAAAAGUUUACGACAACCUUGGUCUGGUAUUCUACGAUAAACUAUGAUAUAUACUUUUGUAAAUGUUCGCAAAUUGUAUUUUAAAAGGCAAUCGAACUAGUAAAAAAAGUAAACAGGUCCGCCCCUGUGCCAGAAAUUGAAGGAAACGAAAUAACAUCAAGGAUCGACAGUUUUAAUCUUUUCUACAAAUCGGACCCGACAUAUGAUUAGAAUUUUUGCGAAUUCUCAGUUCGGCAUACAAUUAGCGUCAAGCAUCAUUGCUCCGCUAUUUGGAAGCAGACAUACCAUGCCCAGUUCAGAUUCCUAUAUCUACUCCUAACCAUAAAUAAAAAUCGGGUAGCUAAGACAACCAGUUGAAAAAAUUCCAGCAAGUAUUGAAAAUUGCAAGUUUUAUCAUUACUUAUUGUUCCCAUAUUACGUGGUCUUGUCCGUAUCUUAGUUUUUAAAAAUGUUUUGGAUGUGUAUUAUCAUUGUACUUUAUCGCUAUUUUGUUAUGUUUUAACGAUGCAAAGAAAUGGGAUGUAAUUACUAUAAAAAGUAUACCAUCAGGAUGAAAUAAUUUCAAAAAGUA